AGCUCCAUUAGCUCACCCCAUCUUUACGUCCGUUGUGUUCAUAUCAAGAUGAGCAGCCCGAUAUGUUGCGUCGCCUGCCUCAGGCAGAAACCCAAAAUAGAAACUUCCGCGACGAUCCGCCCUCCGAGGAGAAGAACGCCUUAGGUAGCCCCCGUCUACAGAAAUCCAUGGCAUCGCUUAGCCGCCAUGACAACGCCCCCAUCCAACGAAUCUCCGAGCGAAACAUAUUUCAAGUGCAAACAUUGCUCUGAGAGAUUCCGACGGGACGAUCAUCUCCGCCGCCACGAGCUCAGCCAUGGUUUUCCUCGCUUCCUGUGCGAGCACCCGGACUGCGGGAUGCGCUUCCACCGAAAGGACGUCCUGCAGAGGCAUCAGCUAGUGCACCAGCCGAACCCGACCAAAAAACGUCGCAAACCGCGCAGAGGCGUCCUUCCACGCGGGCCCAUCCAGGCUUGCACUCCUCAGGCCGCCAGUCCAGAGCCCAACCCAACCCCGGAGCCUGCGCGGGACCAGCCGUCACCCUUUCCUCCAUUGGGACAAAAUGCAGCAGCCAAUCUUGCCAGCAUACCCUCCUUAACAGCUGACACGCCGGCAUCCAACGCGAGCCUAAAUCUGGAGCCGUUCAACUUUUCCUCCGAGCUCACCAUGGGCCUCGAGGAUCUGAGCCAUGACUCACCCAUUCUUGAUGACGGAUUGGGCAGGUUCCAAGCCGUCACGUGGGCUGAUCUGGGGAUGCCUUUUGAUUUCGACAUCGCUCCGCAAAGUCAGCCAUAUCCGCAGUACCCUGCUUCCACGUCCAAUCCAGAUGUUUUCGCGAUGCCAGCAGCCAUAUCUCCGCCUGCGCCGACAGGCUUUGAAACAGCCGUGCAUCCCAUGACGCUCGAAGACAUGCAAAUCUGUCUGGAAAAGUUUCGUCGCAUGUUUCUUCCGCGUAUACCAUUUCUUCACCACUCGACAUUCGCCCAAGAAAGCUUGUACUCUGCUCUGGGACUCAGUAUGGUGACGGUUGGUGCCAUGUAUAUCCACCAGCACCGUCAUAAAGCCCCGCAGGUCUACAGGCUGGCAUUGGAGGCACUGAAGCAGCAAAGCCACAUGGGGGACAACUACAUUCGCAAUAUGCAAGCAUCCAUCUUGUUGAUCGACUUUGCCGCCUGGUAUGGGGACGUGGAGUUGCGUCAAUGGGGAAUACGCGAACAACAUGUACUUGCGCAGCUAGCACGCCAACCUGGGGCACUUGCAUGACAAGAUUGAACCUCUGACGUAUGAUGACUGGGAAAAAUGGAAAAGGCGAGAAGAGGUCAAGAGGACAAUAUUGGCAUACUUCGUGACGUCCACCCUGGUGACGACAUUCCACCCCGUGGCAUCACCAACUGUGCCA